GCAAAACGCUCCCCAACAUGGCUGCUGCGGUACUGUAAAGGCUCAGAAGUGCAUUUGUAUCUGAGAGAAAAUCGUAAUUUUAAAAGGAUAACAACGACGACCUUAAAAUUACGGGACCUCUACAUGAAUGUUAAGAAGAGGAUCCCUGUGCUGCACCUGAGCAGCAAUUAAAUCUCCAUACAAAACCCCAAAUCCCACAGUUACCCGCUUCUCUCUGCUGGUCCCUGCAGGUGUGGGCGUGCCUCCUGCCACACUGGCAGAAGAGGCGGGGCAGGAGGUGUUGCCAGGUGGGGGACCAAGGCUACACCUGCCUGCCUUCUACAUCUUCCUCCGUCCAAAUUUGAAUUACUUCAUCUGCAGCUUCCGCAGCCAGCGGGCUGAGAACAAUCCGGCCGAGAACCUUCGGUGUGCGGCGUCCACAUUCGGACAUUGCAGAGCAGCACUGACAAGGCUCUGCUGGGUGCCGUUGGCUGGUUGAGGAGCGGAGCAUGUUGAGUGGCUGUGGUUGCCAUGGAGCAGCAGGAUAAGAAGCAGGAGGAGGAUGCUGUGGCUCUGGGCCUGUCGACCGGCCAGGCUCUGGUGAAGCUACGGGACCAGCUCAGCAGCCUGCUGGAGCAGCACCAGAGGGCUGCACGCAGACGAGCCUCUGCACAGGAGCAGUGGGUGAAUAGCUUCCUUUACCAUAGCAACCGUCACUCCUGCCUCCAUUGGCCGGGAGCUGCCCUCACUCUACUGGUGGUGCUGGGACUCUUCUGUUGCCAUGGCAGCCAGCCAAAGGGCAGUUCUGGUAUAGAGCUGGUGAACGCUGCAGCCCUCCUUCUUCUCUUCUUGCUAAACCUGCUGCUGGUCAGACGUCAGGAGCAGCUGAAGAGGAGUGAGAUGGUCCGCCGUCUCAAGGGCAUCAUCACACAGCUCAGCGACUACCUGUCAGGGUGUGUGGGUGACGUGCGAUGGUCUCCAUCUCUGUACCCUGAUCUGUACACACCCUCGUCCCCAUCGUGGUCCCUUCACUGGACUUACCGUGACUCCCAGUUGGUUAACCUGCCUGUCAGUCUGCUGGUGGAAGGAGACGUCAUUGCUCUGAGACCUGGCCAGGAGGCAUUUGCAUCCCUCAGAGGCAUUAAGGAUGAUGAGCACAUUGUGUUGGAGCCAGGAGAUUUAUUCCCCCCUUUCUCGCCUCCUCCUUCGCCACGGGCCAAUGAGAAGAGAGGACCCCAGAGCCCCCAGCAGCACCGUCUCUUCAGAGUGGUACGGACUCCAGUCCUGGACAUUGUCAGGAACAGUUUGGAGAUGGCGUUGGCUCGACCAGUCACGGUUUUAGAUAAUGAGAGGUUUACAGUACAGUCCGUUAUCACCAAGCUAGUCUGUCCUAUCGUUCUGGUGGCAUUCCUGCUAGUAAACACAAUCCGCUAUUUUUGUGAUGCACCCAGCCUCACCCCUACCUGCUACAAUUUCUUUCAACUUCAGGUGAUGGGUGUCCUGCCCAUCUUGCCUUUGCUCUUCCCUGUUAUGUGGGUGCUGUUGAAUGCCUUCGGAGAGGCCAGGGUCCUUGCUGAGUUUAGCCGCGCGUCGCCAGCUGGUCUGCUUGCUAAGUUCUCUGAGGACACACUAAGCAGCUACACCGAAGUGGUUUCCUCCCAGUCAACACGUCUUGACCGAGCACCUCUGGAUGAGUUGCUGCGUUGUGUGUGGAGACACCUGGUUGGCGUCCUGAAGGGAGAGUCUCAGACACUCUGUUAUACUUCCAGCCUUUUACACACUCUGGGAUCUGUCACUGUGCUGUGUUGUGUGGACAAGCAGGGGAUCCUGUCGUGGCCUAACCCCAGUCCAGAGACUGUGCUGUUCUUCAGUGGACGGGUGGAGCCACCUCACAACAGCCAGGAUGAUCUCAGAGACGACCUGUCAGUCAGCUCCUACUGCCGGGUGGAGACAGAUGAUGACAGGGAUGAGGCCCAGGAGGCGGAGGCUCUGCUCUGUCUACCAGCAGAGCCCCAGGUGGGGGAUGGGCCUGAACCCAGUGAGACAUCACAUGACACUGCUCGCUCAUCUGACACAUUUCGGGCGCGGCGCGCCUGCCAGCCUGCACACACUCGCACCAAACACCACUCUGGAUCCAACGUGAGCUUCAGCCAUGACACCGAGGGAGGCGAGGAUGACCAGGUCCAGGACUUUGCAAUGGGCUGCCCAGAGGCGGAGGCUGAUGACUUUGUGUGUGACUACCACCUGGAGAUGCUGAGCCUGUCGCAGGACCAGCAGAACCCCGCCAGCAUCCAGUUUGACGACCUCUCCUGGCAAUGCCACCUGCCGUCCCUCAAGCCGCUGGGCCUCAACAUCAUGCUGAACCUCUGCAACGCCAGUGUCACCCAGCAGCUCUGCCGCUUCUCUGACCACUUGUCCAACCUGGCUCUGCAGGAGAGCCACGGCACCGUGCUGCCCGUCUACGUCCCCUGGGGGCUCUGCGAGCUCUCCAGACUCAUAGGGUUCACUCCUGGUGCGAGGGAGCUGUUUAAACAGGAGAACCACUUGGCUCUGUACCAGCUGCCAUCAGGAGAGAAGACUAAGGAGUUCACUUCCCGCCGCCUUCAUUACUUCACCAAACGCCAGCCUCCCAUCUCCCACCUCAUCUCCCUGUUCGUACGAGACUCUUCCUCCAAUAACGUCCAGAUGCUGUCGCACGGCUCGGCCGACCUCAUCCUGGAGGCCUGCACUGACUUCUGGGAUGGAACUGACAUCUAUCCCCUCUCGGGCUCAGACAGAAAGAAGGUUCUGGACUUCUACCAGCGUGCCUGUCUGUCAGGUUACUGCUCAGCAUUUGCCUACAAGCCAAUGCAAGUAUCUCUGUCCAGCCAGCUGAAUGGGAAGUGUGUGGAGCUGGCCCCUGGUCCCUGCCUCUUCUCUGGAGUGGAGCUGCCCUCCACCACCCCCAUCAAACACAACUCGUGCAGGAACAGCUGGAGCUCUGACGAGGGUAUAGGUGAGGGUGUGGAGCGCGAGGACUGUGUUCAGGCCCUCAGUGGGCAGAUCUUCAUGGGCAUGGUGUCCUCCCAGUUCCAGGCGAGGCUGGACACAGUCCGGCUCAUAGAUGCCCUCGUCACAGCUUGUAUCCGGUUUGUUUACUUUUCCAUGGAGGAUGAGCUCCGCAGCAAGGUUUUUGCAGAGAAGAUGGGUUUAGAGACAGGCUGGAACUGUCACAUCUCUCUGACCCCAAAUGGAGACAGUCCCUGUGAUGGAGCUCCAUCCAGCCCCAGUCAGGGCUCCCUGCAUGAAGACCUGAACCAAGAUUCUCGGGAUGAAGCAGAAGGUCCGCUGCUACCAGAGGAGGAAGCCCACUCUGACCUGGCCAGUUUCCAGCCCACAGACAGCGAUGUGCCCAGCUUUCUGGAGGACUGCAACAGGGCCAAGCUACCUCGUGGUAUCCACCAGGUUCGUCCUCAUUUGAAGAACAUUGAUAAUGUGCCUCUUUUGGUGCCACUCUUCACUGACUGCACCCCUGACACCAUGUGUGAGAUGAUAAAGAUCAUGCAGGAGAACAGGGAGGUUACAUGCUGUCUGGGAAGCUCCGCCAAUUUCCGCAACAGCCGCCUGUUCCUACAGAGUGACCUCAGCAUCGCUCUGGACCCUCUGUACCCCUCUCAGUGUUCGUGGGAGACGUUCGGCUAUGCCACCGGAGGAGGUUUUAACGACAGAGACGCUGAAGGUCUGUCACCUCUGAGGCUCUCCGGACAGCUCAACAGUCUGGGCUGCUCUGCCACCUUCCACCAGGGAGAGAGUGUCAGCAUGGUCAAGCUCAUAGAGCAGGCACGACACACAGUGUACGGCAUCCGCAAGUGCUUCCUUUUCCUGCUGCAGUGUCAGCUCAGUCUGGUCAUCAUCCAGUUCUUUGCCUGUCUAGCUCAGCUCCCUCCUCCCAUGAACACCACUGACAUCCUCUGGCUGUCCUGCUUCAGCUGCCCACUGCUAAGUGUGUCUUUUUUGGGGAAGCCACCAGAUAGUUCAGUGAUGACAGUUGCCACAGGGAAGAACCUAGAUGCAAUUCCAAGGAAGACCCAGAACUACUUCCUUGGCUGUUUCCUGUUGAAGUUUGGCCUGACAGUGUGUGCCUACCUGCUGGCCUUUGGGUUCACCCUGCAGGAGCUCUGCCUCAGAAGCAGCAACUCCACCUUAGCUGACAACACCACUGUCAACUGCCUUCAUAUACUCACAGCCAGCUCUUCAGCUGACGCUCCUCACUGGUUCAGUGAACUGUCCAAUGGCCUGCUGCUGACUCAGAAGGUCAUGGCAGGGUUCCUGGUCUUACACACAGUGGUGAUCUCCCUCAGCUACGUCCACAGAUCUCAGCCUCUGUGGAGAAAGAAUCCCAUCAGCAACACCUGGUGGUGUCUCACUGUACCUGUGGUUCUGCUCAGCCAGGUUGUUCAGGCCACAGUGGAUUACCAGUUAUGGCGGGACCAGGGCAGCCUCCUGACCUUUAACCUGAGUGACAUACCCCUGUUGGCCUGGCUGCUGGCCUCUCUGUCCCCGCUGCUGGUGGUGGUGGUCAACGAAGUGGUGAAGCUACACGAGAUACGGGUGCGAGUUCGCUACCAGAAGAGACAGAAGCUGCAGUUUGAAACAAAGCUGGGGAUGAAUUCUCCAUUCUGAUGUGUUUGCUGUGAGGAAAUUGGUGUUGUGGCAAUACUGGGAACUAUAAGUUCUGGAAACCAGGGAAGGGCUGGGUGCAAACACUGCAGAACCCUCCGUUAACACUUCAGCCCAACAGCACUGCAACUAUCAGGUGGAGCAGAUAUCAACCAAAUGUCACAGUGGGGGCUUUAUGACACGAAUGUUGAAGCUCCUGGGUCUGUUUUUCUUAAGAGAGUUGAUGUUUAAUCAGUUAUCUGAAGGGCAGGGAAAAUUCCAAAGCAUUCAUUUCCAUUUAAUAGAGAAGAGCCAAAAAAGGCAACUAUUUAUUGUCUGGUUUUAGUUAGUUUUAACAGCAUGAAGAAUGUUUUCUGAAGAGGUUUAUGCUUUCUCACUAUCACAAACUGUUCUCCACCUCUGAGAGACUUGUGCAUGGUUACUCUCGUUUUCAGAAAUGCCCCCCAAGCCCAAACAAAGGAUGUUUUAGUAAAGUUAAUUUUAAUAUCACGAAUAAUAUAAUAAUAUAAUAUCAAACACAGAAAAACACAUAGGGCUGAAAAGAAAAGUAUCUACGGAGCCCCAGAGUGUUCAAUAUUAAUUAAUCAUGUUAAAAAAAAAAAGAUAAUCACAUAAACAACAGUAAUUUAAUCCAGAGUAAAUCUGUUUUUAUUUGAUGACAGAGAGGCAAUGCCCCUCCCCUACUGGUGGGCCACCAUGGGGGGGGCAUAAUUUUUUGAUCCUGUUUGAAAAAUUACACAAAUGUUUGUCAAUAUAAAAAUAUAUUUUACAAGUCACAGUUGGUCCCAAAGCUGUUAAAGUAUAAGACUGUGAAAAUACUUCAUUAGAAAAAUUACUCAGGUGGCGUAAGUGACGUUAUAGCUUUCUCUAUCGCUGAAGCUCUGAUGCGUUGUGUGUUUAGUACAAAUAUGUACUGAGACAAAUGACGGUUCUCUCUUAUUAUUUCACUUCCCGACUGAUAGAAAGACCAGGUGUUGCUGGUUUCAGGUAAGAUAAUGCUACAUUUGUGUGUGGAACACAGCUCAAUUAUUUAGCUAGCUAGCUAGCUAUUGUUGAUGACAUAUAUCGUGCGAGACGAGAGAUGUAGUUCACUGAGCAGUUUUACACAAAACUAAAUGGUGCUAUGCCAGACUGCUACUUCCUUGAUUUGCAAGAUUAUAUUUUAAAAUUGCUAGCAAGCUCAACAACUGCUACCAAAUUUAGCCAGGUAGCUACUGUUAGCUAAAGCAACAAUAUCAAAGUAAUUCUGAAUCAGCUAUGUAGCGGCUGCUCUUAUUAGACACAGUACGCAGACACAAAACUCAGCAUGUCCUUUUAAUUAUGUAGCUUAACAAGGCUGCACAUGCUACUUACCUAGCUGGCUAACUAGCUAGGCGGUGUUGUGAGCUUUGUUUAUUACUGAGCAUCAAAGUGAAGAGACAGUGUUAGCGGCACCAGCUAAAAUUAUUUCCAAACUCAAUUACUACAUUGUUAGUUACUACUAAAACAUUUUAUUAAUUAACAAAUUGAUUGUUCAUUUACAUAUGUGUAUGUGUGUGUUUGUGUGUGUGUGUAUGUAUGUAUGUAUGUAUAUAUAUUUAUAUAUAUAUAUAUAUAUAUAUAUAUAGAUACAUAUAUACAUAUACAUAUAUAGAUAAUGAUAUAAAUAUAUAAUUUUAUUUAUUUUUUUUUAAUGUAUUUAAUAUUGACAACUUUGGGGCUCCAUAUGUAACAAGGUAAACACCUUGUUUAUUGCUUGGCAACUACAGAAUAGAGUGUAACACUACCUCUGAAAAAAAUGUGACAAAGAAAGUUACAUUCAGUCAUUGAGCCUUUGAGCCACAUUUUCUUCACUGUGAUCGCCUGCAAGACAAAGUUCUCUAUUAUCUUAUUGUGUUUUAGAACAACAACGUUGCUGUUACUAAAUUCCUGAGCUAAGCCAAGCCUGCUGUAACACAUUAAGGACUGAAGAUUGUGGAAUAAAUUGGAUCAGUCACGUUUUUUUACAUGCAUACCUACAUUUGACGUAUACUGUAUACACAUUUAUCCAACUGAAGAAUGUGCCAGCAUGCUACUUUGAAACCACGCAGUUAGCUGUGCAGUGAUCUUAGCAAGUCCCUCCCGAAGCAGUGGAUUCACUGAAUAUAUAAUGACGUUUAUUCUGGUAUGCUAACAUACCAGAGUCUUCUGAAAGGUGCUUCAUAUCAUUAAGUUGCCUUUCUUCUCAGCCUGUCUGGCUGUUUCAGUUCUCAACGCCUCGACUGACAGGAGCUCAGGAUAAUGUUGUUUUAAAGUGUAGAAAUGAAAAGUUAAGCAGAUGUCAUUGAUUAUCCCACAUUUUUAUAUUUGAUCUGCUGACCUUCAUAUACCAGAGAUUUAUUUCCUGAUCACCUUCAAGUGUCCCCAUUAGUCUACUGUGUUCAAUUACUUCAGUUCAUGUGCAGCAUUGGCAGCAGACGUCUGUAUCACUGACGUUCAUUUUCAGUCAAACCAACCUUAUUUAUGGUAAUGAUUUAAGAAGGACAUGAUUUUGAUAUUGCUACUGUAGACAAGUGGGCUGAUGGAAUUUAUUGGUAAUACAUUAGUUAAGAACAAAAUAACAUGCUUUAUGUCACUCCUAAAAACUUUAUUGAUACAAAUGAAACAAUGAAGGUAAUUCUUGUCAGUGCUGGAUUAAUCACUAGGAGGUCUUGGGGCAAAAAAUGAGCCAAUUUCAUUUCCAGAAAAUGUAUUAUACCCUAAUAUUGAUAUAUACUGUAAUAUAGGAUUUAGCUGAUACUCUUUUCAGAUUUUAUUUAUGUGGGAAUCAAGUCAGAACUUAUAGUUUUUAUUCCAUUUUUAGAAUAUUUUCCUCUGGAACAAACAGUUGUGGUAGAGGAUUGUAUCCAUAUCACUCACCCCUAUUCUAAACAAGUUUGCAGUCAGUCAAUUGACCACAAACUGAUGGACACAGUGAAACUGGGGCUUGUGGGGAUCCUGAAGUUCUGAGAUAUGUUGGUUAGUUAUCCGGCCUUGAUUUUUGUCCUCUUGUAGUUUUUAUUUAAAGAUAGCAUCAAACAUUAAAUCUGGGGUUGAGCUUCUGGUCUGUAGCCACCAUUAACAACACUGAGGUCAUGAGGUCAUGUUAGAGGUUGAUCCAGCAUUUUUCACACCAGAACCAGAAUAGAUAACCAGAAUAGAUAAAACAGGGAAAAUUUAAAUAAUGCCAACAUUUUAUUUAUUUAAUUUUUUGUGGUGGUGAUGGGGGACUUAUGACAUCAGUAUCUUUCAUAUCAUGGCUACAGCCCUGUUUAACCUCUAAUCGCUUUUAUACAUGUGCCUGUUUUAGUUAUUCCAUUGCUACAAAUGCUCCUUUGAGUUCCACAUUUAAAGUUCGGGUGUACAUGAAGAGGUGAAGAAGUGGUCUAUGGCACUACUGGCGAUCACUUUCUGCAAGACAGUCAAUAGUCGGCAUGAAACUACUGAAGGUUUUCAGACAACUAUCACAAUGCAAGAAAACAUGAGAUUUUAUUUUUUAUUGGCCCUGUUUCAUACUUGUGUUUUAUCUCAUGACAAACACGUGGACAAUGCUGCAUGACUAAGAUCCAGUGAAUGCCCUGUCUUGAUCGAUGUACAUGUUAUCUAUAGUUCUACUGUUUUGUUCACGACACAAAUGGACUCAGUCAAGCAUGGACUUCAUACUAUAUGUAAGCAGGCCUCCAGUGCAACCUGCAGAGUUGAUGCUUGGCAUUUUGAUAACAUUAUCACGCACAUGCUUGGAGCCUAAGCCUCUGUCAGUGGAUUUGUAGGGUGGGAUGGGGGGUGAUGGACUACGGUAUAGUUGUUCACAAGAUACAUAAAUGUAUAUUUUGUAUUUUUUAAAGUGUCUAUGUUCAGGACUUUUGACAAAUUUGCUUGUGUAUUGAUUGUCAUGUUAAUAAAUACGCUCUUUUAUUUA